GCCUGCGCGCUGGAAGUGGGCGGUGGAGCAGCAAGGGCUUCGGCAUGGCGGAGGUGGACCUAGAGUCGGAUCAGAUCCGACUGAAGUACAUCCGUAAGGAAGGUUUCUUCACCGUGCCUCCAGAACACAGGCUUCCAGAUCCCCACACUGGCUACUCCUCUGUCUUUCAGCUGGGAAGAUGCCGGAGCGUUAAGGAGUUUGAGAAGCUGAACCGAAUUGGCGAGGGCACCUACGGCAUUGUGUAUCGGGCCCGGGAUACCCAUACAGAUGAAAUUGUUGCCCUGAAGAAGGUGCGGAUGGACAAAGAAAAGGAUGGCAUUCCCAUCAGCAGCCUGCGUGAGAUCACGUUGCUCUUGCGUCUCCGUCACCCAAAUAUUGUGGAGCUGAAGGAGGUGGUUGUGGGCAACCACUUGGAGAGCAUCUUCCUGGUGAUGGGUUACUGUGAGCAAGAUCUGGCCAGUCUGUUGGAAAAUAUGCCGACACCAUUCUCCGAGGCCCAGGUUAAAUGCAUCGUGCUCCAGGUGCUCCGUGGCCUUCAGUACCUGCACAGGAACUUCAUCAUCCACAGGGACCUGAAGGUGUCCAACUUGCUCAUGACAGAUAAGGGCUGUGUAAAGACAGCGGAUUUUGGCCUGGCCCGGGCCUAUGGUGUUCCAGUAAAGCCGAUGACUCCCAAGGUUGUUACCCUCUGGUACCGAGCCCCAGAGCUGCUGCUUGGAACGACUACCCAGACCACCAGCAUUGACAUGUGGGCUGUUGGUUGCAUCCUGGCAGAGCUGCUGGCCCAUAAGCCCCUUCUCCCUGGCACCUCUGAGAUCCACCAGAUCGACUUGAUUGUACAGCUGCUGGGGACACCGAGUGAGAAUAUCUGGCCGGGUUUCUCCAAGCUGCCGCUGGCUGGCCAAUACAGCUUGAGGAAACAGCCCUACAACAAUCUCAAGCACAAGUUCCCGUGGCUCUCAGAGGCCGGACUUCGUCUGCUCAAUUUCCUCUUCAUGUACGACCCUAAGAAAAGGGCAACUGCGGGGGACUGUCUGGAGAGCUCCUACUUCAAAGAGAAGCCCUUACCCUGUGAGCCGGAACUCAUGCCCACCUUCCCCCACCACCGCAAUAAGCGUGCUGCCCCAGCUGCCACUGAGGGACAGAGCAAACGAUGCAAGCCCUGACGGUGGGUCCGGCCAUCCCUACACAUCCUCAUGGAUCAUCAGGCAGCAGACUGGGAGGGCCCUCCAGGCCAAGAUGCCUUUGUCCCCUCCCGCUAACAUCCUCUCUUCAGCUAACUCCUCUCUGCUAUCCUCUCUGCCCUGAUGCAAGUAGAUUAUGAACUGGGAUGUUGCUCAGUGGGGAUACCCAGCAUAAACUGGGCUGCUGUAGCAUCAUCUGGUGGCCUGUUAGCUCCUGGCAGCCUUGUCUGUCAGUGAGGACAUGCUUCUGGGGAGGCAGUGCUAGAUAGAGCUGAGAGGUCCAAAGGCCCAAAUCAGUAUAGUGCUGAACUGGAGCAAGGCAUUAGCCUGGAUGAGCAGGCCCAGGAGACCAUACUGUUCCUGCUUGGUCACUAGGAGCUGCCCAGGACAGGCUAUAGUGACCCUGGGCAGGGAUGGUGGGGCUUCAGGUGGGAAGGAGGCAGUAAGCAUUGGUUGGGGCCACGAUAGAACUCUUUUUAGACUGUCAGAAGGAGAGCCCUUGGUGGAUGUGCCCACAGAGAGAACUGGCGGGCUCCUUUUCCAGGGGUGGAGAGAUAAAAAGCUUUUCCAAUA